GAGCGCUCUUCAAGGUGUCAUUGAAGACGUUUUUGGUGUUUUCAUGACGUUUGUUGGACACCCUUGUUUCGUUUGUUCAUAUUUCUAACAACAUUGUUAAGACAUGCGUUCUGUAAGAACUGUUAAUUUUGUCGCAACGGGGACAUUAAUCAGCGAUAAACCGGAAAUGGUGAAGUACUGUUGUGAACGAAGUUUGAAAUAUAAAUGAAAGCCCACUUUUGUGUAAAUAAUAAUUUUGUAGCCCGUGUGCGUGAUAGAGAACACAAUUGAACAACAAUUACUUGCUAUCUCGCGGUUCCAUAUACUUCCGCGUUGUGACGUCAUAGACGUCUUGGCGCCGUGGCAGGAUGCAAGUUGUGCCGCUGCAAGAGUUUGUGUUGCUUUUUAAAGACGGCAAAUGACGUGGCCAGCAUUGUUACAAAGCCGAUGCUUCACCUGAUCACGUGACAGGGGCCGUGAUCGGUGGGCGGUAUAUGGUUGGGAUGAUGACGAUGACGCCUGAGUCGGAGGGAGGUCACGUGAUGGCGGACCUGCAGGAGGAGAGAGAGGCCCUGCUGGAGGAGCAGAAGGUCAACCGGGAGCGGGCUCGCAGAUGCGUGCAGGAAACCAACAGGCGCCGCAGGGACCUGAGGGAGAAGCAGAGGCAGUGGGUCCUGCAGGAGCAGAGGCGGCGUGAAGAAGUCCUACAGCAGCGCCGGGAGAAGAUCCAGGCGGUGACAGAAAACUUCCAGAGGAACUACGUGCCGCCUUCUCAGCGCAUGCAGACUACCUGUGUAGGAAAUAAAUAUUCUCAGUUGGAAGAUGCUCUCAAUCAGAUAGGAGGAGGCCAGCUGACCUGUGACAUCAGCAGGAACACUUCCAGGCCCCCCGCCGUGUCACCAUCGCCACCCCACCAGAGCCCGGCUGUGGUCCCCGAGCAGAGCUGCUGCGUGAAAUGGGUGGAGGAGCCUCCCAGGAUGCAGGAGAAGCACCCAGAGCACAGCGGGCAGGACGACAAUGUCUCCUUUGGCUCAGACAGCCUGUCCAGUCGGGACAGUCUGGAGAACGAAGAGCCCGCCGUCAUUGCCGUCCUCCAUUACACAGAAACUCCGCCCCAAGACCUCAAGUGUCCAAACAAUCCGACGGUCCCGGAGCCGGCCUCGGCGGCCAUGCAGCCGCGGGUGGGCGGGUGUCCCGGAGACAACUACAACCUGCCGGACCACAAGAACACCUCUAUCAACAAUCUUAAUAAGUUUUCAUCUGACACCGGCGUGUGGAAGCACAUCAACACGGCACCCGCAGGAAGUCCAAAAUGGUCCAAGGUGACGUCUCCCCCGGCCUGCAGGGUCGGACUCACCAAAGGGAUCCUGAAAAGUCUGUCAGGGUCCAGGGAAACCUUGAGCGAUUCCCCGCGCUCCUACGUCAGCUCGCUCAAAGCCGGGGACUUUCUGGUGUGCGACAGCGUCGAGGUGACCAGAGCCAGGUCCAAGGGCAGUGAGUACAAGAAUGGCGCAAAGAAGCUCCGCUGGCUGGACGAGGAAAACCCCGGACAUCUGCCCAGAGGUCACCUGCAGGCCUGGACGGACGUCGGGGUCCAGGUCAGCCUGGCACUGCAGGACGGCGCCAGCGUCCCUGAGAGGACGGCUCUCGUGUCCCCGCCCAUCGCCAAGACGGGGGCGAGGACGAUGGGGACCGGGCAGGCCUUCUCCAAGCAGGGGGGCCCCAUAAGAGGACUUCACAGCGGGGACCAGACUCUUGCAGGCCGCCGGUCCCCCGGGGACGUCCUACACCAGGAGCAUCCCGUCACAGGCGACGGCGGCGUGACCAACGCACGCUUGCUCCCCACUUGGCGCCGCCCCACGCCCGACAGCGGCUGGAGAGCCACGCCGGUUUUUUGGCAGCAGGGCGGGGCCAGAGGCCACGGAGCAUCGUACAGGGAGAGGGUGUUGGACUGCACCCCCACUGACCAGGACAUCUACAAGCUUUGUCAAGAUGUCCGCAGUGCCUUCGUCGGCGGCGCUGCUGACACUCGUCUGGGGAACACAUCCUGCCUGGACCACCUGAGACACAGUCCUGCUACCAGCUGCAGAAGAACUCCUGAAUCACAGAAGGCUGCGGAGGCAGCAGGAGCACACGUCAGAGGAUGGAACCUGGACCCAAGCAAAGGUUGCUUUCAGGAACACAUCACCCAGUUCACCAAGUCACGUCAUGUGACCAAAGGUGGAAAAAGUACAACGCCGCAUUGUCUGGCCGACACUGGCCGACACAGGAUGCAGCGUCGCCGAGUACCGCCUCCUACAUCCAUCUCCUUGGAGGAGCAGAGCAUCUGUCAGUCUCUGGACCGACUCAACCUGCAGCUGCACCGCAAAGAGACACAUUUUUGCACAAAUGUUCCACAAAGUUAUUUGAAUAUUUGCGACGAUAAGGGGACAACUUCACUCAGGUCGCUGUUUGCCGCGCUGUUCGCUAACCGCUGGUUCCCUGCAGAGUGCAGCUCGAAAAGCAUCAGCUGCAAGAACGGGCUGUGCAAGCCCAUGUUUUGGAAGUGUGACGGUGUGGACGACUGCGGCGACGGCACGGACGAGCAGAACUGUGGCGGCUGUCGUCCCGACCAGCUCUCCUGUAAGAACGGCAAGUGCCUCUCAGAGAAGAGUCGCUGUGACGGGCGGGACGACUGCGGCGACGGGUCUGACGAGCUGGACUGUGCCCGAGGGUCUUUGCCCGUGAGCUGCACCGAGCUGACGUACAAGUGCGAGGACAACAGGUGCGUCAACAAGGUCAACCCGGAAUGUGACGGCACCGCCGACUGCGAGGACGGCUCCGACGAGAAGAACUGCGACUGCGGCAGGAGCAUGUUCAAGACCUCGCGCAUCGUCGGUGGUCAGGAGGCGGAGGCCGGCGAGUUCCCGUGGCAGGUCAGCCUCCACGUCAAGGGCUACGGUCACGUGUGCGGCGCAUCCCUCAUCAGUCCUCAAUGGCUGGUCACCGCCGCCCACUGUGUGCAAGAUGACGCCAAGACUAGGUACUCCCAGCCCUCCACCUGGGAGGCGUACAUGGGCCUCCACACCCAGGGCAAAAUCCCCAGCACGGUGGUGAAGAGGAACCUGAAGAGGAUCAUCGCGCACCCAAACUACAACGACUUCACCUUCGACAACGACAUUGCCCUGAUGGAGCUGGACAAACCGGUGGUCUACAACGACUACAUCCGGCCCAUCUGCAUACCGGCCGCGCAGCACGACUUCCCGGUGGGGAGCACGGUGUGGAUCACGGGCUGGGGCGCCACGCGGGAGGGAGGUUUCGCCGCAACGGUGCUGCAGAAGGCGCAGGUCCGCAUCAUCAACCACGGCGUGUGUGACGGUCUGAUGGGGGGGCAGCUGACCACCAGGAUGACGUGUGCCGGCGUGCUGAGCGGAGGAGUCGACGCUUGUCAGGGCGACUCCGGCGGGCCGCUCUCCAUCCCAUCGGGCAACCGCAUGUUCCUGGGCGGAGUGGUCAGCUGGGGGGACGGCUGCGCGCGCAGGAACAAGCCCGGAAUCUACACCACGGUCACCAGAUUCCGCGGCUGGAUCAAACAGAAAACGGGGGUGUAGAAGAAAGGGCCCCGGGGCCUCGGGACACAAACAUGGACUGAGACACGCACGUCAGUGUGUGCCGUCAAACUUGCCAGCCUCGACGGGUGCGGCGCGAGACUGCCCCCUGCUGGGCUGGCAGCAGCAAUGUUCUGUGUCCACUGUGAUUUGUAAAUAGCUUUUAUUGGCCGUGUUAGCAUUUUGCUUUUUCCUGGUCUUUUCUCCGCCAUACACUAAAGACAAAGCUCAAUCCACCCUACCUCCUCGGACACAGUCCACAUUUAACCUCUUUAGUCAGAGGUCCCCGAACGCAUCUUUGGUUUGAAAUACCUUAGCAGCGAUGUCAUCACCACAGAGAAGGCUUUUCAAAAAUAGAUUUUAUCUCAACAAGUAGGCGGUGCAACAGUCAGUGUGCAUUUUUUAGCAGAUGUUUUAAAUAAAAUAUUUCUAAUAUAAGUCCGUGUUCCAUGUAUUUCUCUACUGUGACUUGUUACUUCCGUAUUGAGGCCCUUAACAUGCACGAAAAGUCCCCAUAGUUUUCAGCUGUGUCAAGUAUGGCGUAAAAUGUUAUAUUUUUGGGGUCCUGGAAAUGCCACCUACAGAAUUAGGAAAAAAAAAAAAAUACCAGUUUCACGUAUUGACACGAAAAUGGCAGAAGACUUCUUUAAAGACGGCAGGCUCAUAAAAACUCUUGGGAGAAGUUCGUUAAAGAACGAUCCCAUUUUUCCAUUUUUUUUUAAAAUAGAUAGAUAGAUAGUACUUUAUUUGGCCAAAUUUAAUUGGCCAAAAACCGUCAGAGUUAAGUUUGACGCGAUACCACACCCAAGUUUUACGGCGUAGGAAAAAUGUGUUCGCAAUUUGUUACUACUUGUGUGCAUAAUUUAACAUAUUUCACUGUUUAUUCAUGUUUAACAUAUUAUAAUACUAUCAUAUUGUCUACUACAGUGGUUCUCAACCUUUUUUCAGUGAUGUACCCCCUGUGAACAUUUUUUUAAUUCAAGUACCCCCUAAUCAGAACAAAGCAUUUUUGGUUGAAAAAAAGAGACAAAGAAUUAAAAUACAGCACUAUGUCAUCA